GUUAGACCACCUAAGAUCUCUCUCAAAAAUUGCGGCCACUAAAACUUUACCACCCUUCUUCACAAAAAAAUACAAAUUCUUUCAAACAAAAAUGAUGAAAUAUACCCCAAUAAAAUCAAACAUAAUCACAAAAUCUUAAGUCACAAAAACACCCAUUUUCAUGGCUCUCAUUGCAUCAACCUCAAACUCCAAACUAAACCCAUCUCUCAUUUGCUUAUUCUCUCAAAAUAAACCACAAACUACAACUCUAUGCUUCAAACCAAAACUACCCAUAAUCUCAAAAAAUAGCACAUUAAAGCGCAUAACACUAACUAUUCAUCCCUUCAUUUGCAAGUAUGGGGAUUCAUCAAAUACCCAAAAUGAGGCUAGAAGUAAAAGAACUCGAAUUUCGGCGAUUUCGACACCAGGAUUGGAAUCAUAUUCCCAUAGGAUUUGGUGGUCUGAUGUUGUAGUUAAGAAUCCAAAAAAUGUGUUUGUGGAUGGAAAAUGGGAUUCUAUAUCUGUCCCAAAUUUAUGUGCUGCAGUAGGAAUGCAUGUGUUGGCUGUUUUUGCACCAUUUACAUUCAAUUGGGGUGCAUUUUGGGUGGCUAUAGUUCUGUAUUUGGCAACAGGGUGUUUGGGCAUUACUCUUUCAUAUCACAGGAAUUUGUCUCACAGGAGUUUUAAACUACCAAAAUGGCUCGAGUACUUCUUUGCUUAUUGCGGAGCUUUAGCCCUUCAGGGGAAUCCAAUUGAUUGGGUGAGUACACACAGGUAUCACCAUCAAUUUUGUGAUUCUGAGCAAGACCCACAUAGUCCACUUGAAGGAUUUUGGUUCAGCCACAUGAAUUGGAUGUUUGAUGCAAACAUUGUUACUGAAAGGUGUGGUGAGCCCAACAAUGUAGGAGACCUAGAGAAGCAACCUUUCUACAGGUUUUUGAGAAGCUCAUACAUUUUGCACCCACUUAUUCUUGGAGGACUACUUUACGCUUUUGGAGGAUUUCCCUACCUUGUGUGGGGGAUGGGAGUAAGGACUGCAUGGGUAUAUCACAUAACUUGGUUCGUGAACUCAGCUAGUCAUGUAUGGGGAACUCAAGAUUGGAAUACCGGUGAUUUGUCAAGAAAUAAUUGGUGGGUAGCAUUGCUUUCAUUUGGGGAAGGUUGGCACAACAAUCAUCAUGCUUUUGAAUACUCUGCUAGGCAUGGCUUAAAAUGGUGGCAAAUUGAUAUGACUUGGUAUACCAUAAGAUUUCUUCAAGUUAUUGGCUUGGCCAAAGAUGUCAAGCUUCCUACUGAGGUUCAAAAACAACGUUUAGCAUUUAAACACGAGGAUAUAACAACUUAAUAGAGGGAACCAUGAGCACAUCUUGAUAUCAAGAUGUAUUAAGUUAGUCUUAAUACUCUUCAUUCGGGUUUAUAAUCACAUUAAUUAAUAGAGUCGAACAGUGCAAUAAUAUAUUGAAACUACUAUUGUGUUCCCUUAGAAAAAGAAAUUACUAUUGUGAGAACAAAAUUUGAAUAGAGGUAGUAUAAGGUAAUAAAUUUGUGUUACUUGCUAUAGAGACAUGUAAAACGGCGUCAUAUUUUGAACCUUAAUCUCCUUGGUGUGAAGCUUGGUUAUUCCCUCUCGUUACGGCCUUACAUAACAUGUGUGAGCAAUCGUACAGCUGACUAAUAAUUCUUCCCUCUGUUUUUUAAUAUUUGUUGUGUUUUGUAUUUUAUGAACUUCUUUGCUUGAUCUAUUACUUGUAUUGUUAUAUUUUUAUCAAUAUAUUCUCUAUUUCUCUCUCCUA